UGGUUAUAAAAUUUAGGUGAACCAAUAUACUAUUUCUAUUUUAUUAUCUUCCUGGAUCCAUGUUUCUUUCUCUUCUCUCAGACUGUCUUGGUGGUCAUUGUUCCCCCUUUUAUACAGCACCAAUUAUGUCCAAAGCACACCUCCUGCUGCUCCUGGCCACCCUUGUACUGACCAGCCAUGUUCAUGGAGCCACACUGGGAAGCGAGGACACAUGGAAGCCACUGAGCAACCCCAGGAACCGAGAACUGUUUUUCAGAAGCCUCCAGGCCUACUUUAAGCGCAGAGGACUUGAUCUUGGGAACCUUCCAAAUACCUUCUUCGUGAAUGAGGACCCCAGACCUCUCUCUUUCGAGUCAGAACAUAUCGCUUCUGCAUUUGCAGACUACGAAGAGCAGAAAAACUCCCUCCCCAAUUCCCGCAAAGGCUGAAAGCCCAGGAGACCAUGUUAAAGCAGCAGAAGAGCUUUCCAAUAGAAAAUUCGACUACUGCUGAAGCCUUGCGUGUGCUUUUCCUUCCACAUUAGUCAGUUUAUACGUAUUCGGUCUUCAUCUCCGGAUCUUACAUGUAAACAGCUGGGCCUUUGGAACAUAUGAUACCGACAUGCAUAUUUCAGUAUUUUCCUCUUUUAUGACUUUAACUAUGGAGUGGGAGGUUGUAUUUGAAGGAGUUACAAAAAUACCCCGUGAAAUGAAAUGAAAUGAUAAUUUUCCUAAUUAGAUAUUUUAUUGAAGACUGUCCUUUAUAUUUAUUGCCUAUUAUCAAGCAACAUUUUUAUUUUAAAAUGAUACGUUUCCUUGUUACUAUAGUAUAUUGUAUGUGACAAUAGGGAUUCAGACCUGUUCACUGAACAGUGUAUCACAUGUAAUAGGGAUUCAGGCUCAGGAUUUGUUUUUCUUUUUUCUUCCUAAAAGGAUGAUGCAGCCCCAUGUUUAGCAUGUGCAUAAAAUCCACCCCGCCCCUGCGAGGCUUGUACUGAAUGAGGGCAGUGGAUCUCCAAGUAGAGCUGAGAUAGAAAACAAAGAGAUUCUGGUUGCUGCAAGGUAUCUGGGAGAUGCUUUUAUGCUUUGUUCAAAGGUAAAAAAAAAAAAUAAUAAUAAUAAAAACUGUCCCAUGUUGAAUGUCUCAGCUUUACACCAACUUUACCUUAAAUACAAGUCACCCAACAAGGAACAGUAGCAAAGGGUGAGUCCCCCAACUCUUCCAACAAAGCUACUCUCUUUGUCAUAGCUCAGACUGAGCCCUUCUAAUUCCCAUAUUUUCAUUUGACAUAGCUACUUUCCCUAUUUAUAUUAUAAGGAAUAUUUGGCAACAUUUUCUGCGUGAUUCAAACAAGAAACAUUGUACUAGAACGUGCACAGCGUUGAUGCGGUAUUGUCAGUCAAAGCGGCUUGCUGUAGCUUUUUAUGGACUCGGGUUGAUGCUGAAUGUGAAGACUAAAAUGUUCAUGUGAGAAGGUC